GAAUACAUGGGCAGUUGCAAGUAAAACCUUGCGAAAGCCACAACUCUUUUGUUCGUCUGACUUGAACGUAUCUUAAUUUUUCUCUGCUUGUGUAAGGUGUAUUUCUUCAGUCGCCUUAUUGUGUCCGUUUUUCAAUUAAAGAACAAAGAACUUUACUCUACAUCCUUGGAUCUAUGCAAUGAUGAGUUUAAUGAUAUGGUGGUUAUUGUGGCUGUUAUUUGGUCAUGGAUUCACAAUGAAAAUGGGUUGGAAUGAAGAACUCGAGUUUUGUGAGGAAGAAUGGAAGAAAUUUGUGGCGGACAAAAUUGAAAUCGAUUCGAAAUGCAACAAUACUCGUACACGUUGUUGUGUUGAGGAGAAGAAAUAUCUUUUAGAGCGAUUUAAAAUGUUUAGUGAAAUAUGUCCACUUGAAGGGACAUGUGGAUGCAGCCCGAUUAUUUUGAACGUUACUGCUGGGUCAUUGUCCGGAUAUCGUUAUUAUCGUUAUUAUAGUUAUUCUCGUUAUUCUCCAUUCGCAAAAGGGAAAGAUCCAGAAAACUUCACGUGUUCACAUAAGUUCAUAAAUGAAAGAAUAGAAAAGAAGUUAUAUUUUAUAUCUUUGGGUAUAUUUUGGGUCGGACAACACAAAAUCCCUUACAAGUAUGUUUUAUACGGUGGAAAAAAUCACACUUGUUAUGUUGUCCUCAACGUGAACGUAAAACGACAAGAUACGAAGGGGUUUUUCAUAAAAGAUGUUCAGUCAGGAAAGUGUGUUAAUGAUGUUUCUUGGUUUUUCUUGGAGCUUUCAUGGAAUUGUUUUGACAUGAGAGCUAAUUUUAAAUUUUUACAAUCUGGCUCAAUCAUGACGCUUAAUACAAAACGUUGUCCUGUGAGAGGAUACGGAAUUCGUUUGUCGUUAUUUUAUGGAAAUUUUGAUGGGCAAUGCAGAGCCAUGAAUAACAUAACCCAAACAUUUUGGGGUGGUCUAUUGUUUUCACGCUAUAAUAAAUGUAUAGCAGGAAAUACCUCAUUGGAACUUGUCAGUUGUAAAAAUGAAGAAGAUCAGCGAUUCAAUUUUGGCAAGAUCAGUGACAUGUGCUGGACAAAAUAUAACAAAUGUCAGAUGUCCUAAUGACCAAUAUAUGGUGAUAAAAGUUGCAGAAUAUCGUGGAUUG